CACAUUUAAUUAUUUAUUUGGUCAAGGAUAAGAGCAGUUUUAUGGAAAGCAUUUUCAAUUAGUUAAUCACUUUUUCUUCACUAUAUAAUACAACAUAUUGAAUGACUCAAACUCAAACAAACCCCUAAUUUCCUCUCUCUUUCUAUUUAUAACACAUAACUACUAAAUUAUUCUCUCAAUUUUCCAAUGGAUACAUCCCAUGUAGUUGCUUAUGCAAACUUCAGUUGUGAAAUAAGAAUAGUACAAGCUCAAAACGUUGAAUUCAUCAAGUCCACUAAAAACUUGUUUGCUAGGUUGUAUGUUCCAACAGGAAAUAACAAAAGAAUUCAACUCAACACCAAAAAUGUUUGGGACAAGUCUUUUAAUCUGGAUUGUUCUUGUCCACUGGAGUUCUUGGAAAACCUUAAUCAACAAAGCCUAGUGUUGGAGCUAAGACAGAAGAAGAUGUUUGGCUCACAACUUAUUGGAAAGGGUGAAAUUCCAUGGAAGGUGAUUCUUGAAUCACAAAACAUGGAGUUAAAAAAAUGGUUGAAAAUGGAUUUGAUGAGUGGAAGUGAUUGCAAAGAGGUUAUGUUGACCACACCAGAAGUGGAAGUAGAGAUUAAAGUAAAAGUGUCUUUGGUUGCUGAGAUGGAGAAGCAAAACAAGAGGAUAAAUCAUUGGAAUGAGUGUGGAUGUAAAAAUGGGCAUGAUCAUAAUACUUGGUGCAGCGCCGAAGAAUGUGAUAUAUUUGCACUUGGUGUAGCUUUGGAGGCUUUUUGAUAUUGAUGCAAGAUUAUGCUAUGAACAUAUAAACUAACAUCAACUAAUUCAUGUAUCAUGUAUUGAAUAGAUUUUUUUGACAAAAUUAUAAUAGACUAAUUCUAUAUCAACUCUCAAAUGCAUUAUCUUUUAAUUUUAUAUAUUGGAGUUCUUUAUUUAGAUUAGGGCUUCUCUUUGUAUCAAAAACAGAUGAAAUUCAUAAAACUAAAUACACCAGAAGAAGAUAAAGGAGAUCCUACAGGAGAUAGCCAUGGGGAAUUUUCCACAAUGG